GGGCUUGAGGUGGGGAGGACCCUCCCGGGGUUCUUAAAGGGCCAGCGCUAAGGAAGGAAGCUGCUGCAGCUACAAGAUGAGUGAAUCCCUAGUGGUUUGUGAUGUUGCUGAAGACCUUAUAGAGAAGCUGAGAAAAUUUCGUUUUCGUAAAGACACGAACAAUGCAGCCAUUAUCAUGAAGAUUGACAAAGAGAAACAGCUGGUGGUUCUGGAUGAAGAACACGAGGGCAUAUCUCCAGAUGAACUAAAAGAUGAACUUCCAGAAAGACAACCUCGAUUCAUUGUCUAUAGCUACAAGUACCAGCAUGAUGAUGGGCGAGUCUCUUACCCACUCUGCUUUAUCUUCUCAAGUCCGGUUGGGUGUAAGCCUGAGCAACAGAUGAUGUAUGCUGGCAGCAAAAAUAAAUUAGUACAAACAGCAGAACUCACAAAGGUAAAACUGAAACAAAUCUUGGAUGCAUUUGUUGUGUAGUUGAUGUAUUCCCUCUUGCCCCUAAAGAGUCUGUCAAUUCAAUUCUGAUAUUUGCAGGAUGUGCAUAAUCUGGUAUUUACCAAAUUUGGUAAUCUGAACUUUGUAGCAUGUACUAUAUAAUCUUUCUGGUAUCGCUUUUCUACAGGAGGGCUUCAUAUGCAGCUCUAUGCUCAUUAGAGAUUUGGCUGGUGAAUGUUGAUCUUUAACUAUGCAAAUUGAUAUUUUAUUUGGCUUCCUGUAGCCAUAGGUGGCAAAUAAUGGUUCUGGGAUGCAAGUAGCCCAAUGUCCUUGGAGUGCUCUCUGAGCAAAAACAUUGAUCUAGAGCAGGGGUGUCAAGCUCACGUUGUCAUGGUGGCAUCACGUGACAUAUUGGGAUUUCCUUUGCUAAACUGGGUGUGGGCGUGGCCAGUGCGUGAUGCAUCUGGUCCGUGGGCUGAGAGUUUCACGGACCUGAUCUAGAGAACAGAGAAAUCAUAAAAUAACUACAACUGUUUCAUUCACCCUUCCUUUCCAGCUGUGUGUUUCUUUUUCUGCUUCAGGAACAUGGUGUAUCCCAACAGAGAUUUUGUGGGCAACUUAGUGCAUUCCUUCUUUCCUGGGCUAUUGCUCCUUCAAGAGGCUGAUGCACAUUCAAAGUAUUUUUGAGCGCCAGCUUUCAGUAUAGUAUAGUGCAAUAUUAAUAGAAUAUUUCAGUUUUCAGUUCAAAUUGCACAGAAUUUGAAGGAUGUUUUAUAGUUUUCUUAUGUAUAAUGUACACUGAAGAUGGCAUUUAAUUGCAAUGACAACAACAACAACAA